ACUGCCGUGACUUCCGUGUUGUUAACAAGCUACAACUGGUCGACUUCAAGGCCCGGUUUAUUAACUUUAAAGUUUUUUAAACUGUCAGCAACCGACGGGAUUAUCGUGAAUACGGCCCACUGAGACCUUCAAUUCAGUACUCAGAUUUAAGAUCACACGCAGGACACCCUGGAUGGCCCAGGUGGUAACAGUUAACAUCCGUUGGGCCAUAUUGUGAAACAUCAGUUUGCAAUGGCCAGUCACUUCCGCAGCUACAUCUGGGACCCCGUCCUCAUUGUGAGUCAGAUUGUAUUGAUGCAGUGCAUCUACUACAGCUUCCUGGGCCUGUGGCUAGCUGGAGUGGACAGUCUGGUGCACACCAAUCGGUCCCUGGAUCAGAUCUUCAGCUAUGGUCAUCUUGGUUUUUCAUCGAUUCAGGGAAGGCUUUCAAUGAUGGCAUUCAUCUUGAACUCUCUUACCUGCGCCCUUGGCCUGUGGUUCUUCAUCCGUCGGGGGAAACAGUGCCUGGACUUCACAGUCACCGUGCACUUCUUCCAUAUGAUUGGCUGCUGGAUCUAUAACGCACACCUUCCAGCAGCCCUGUCCUGGUGGCUCGUCAAUAUAGCCUGCAUGGCGCUGAUGGCUGUCCUCGGAGAGUACCUGUGCAUGCGGACUGAGCUCAGGGCCAUCCCAGUCAACACUGGACCCAAAUCUAACCUGUGAACUUUUCUGGACACCACGCUUUGUGGACGUUUAACCCCUGAGGAACUUGCUCGGAAAAAGUUUUUCACACAAGGAGCACCUUCAUCAUCAAGAUGUUGGAUUGUCAUCUCUUCAAGUGAUUCACCAGAUAAACUGAUCUAUUUAUUCAUGGCUGUCUGCUCAAUGUUGGACAGUAUUAACUCUGUAGCAUAUUAAGAUACAUGUUUUAUUGCUUAUAAAAGCAGACAUCAGUUUACACCUUUCUCUGAACCUAAUGACUACAUUUUAUUCUUAGUAAUUCCUUUUUUUGUUUUCAUUUUAAGUACAUCAGCAUGAGCAUCUAAUCUGCUCAUUUUAAGAUUUGCGAUAUUAUUUUUUCCAUUUAUGUGCACAUUGUGAAAUCUGACAAACUUAAACAAGUGACAAAAAUGCAACUGAAUAGCAACAACAACAGAAAUUAUCCUCUCUCUUUGUGUUGGUGUGAUAACUUGCCUGUUGGGUAUACAAACUUGACCAUCGUGUUCAAGGAUACUGUGGUUUUAAAAUUAAAUAGUUCCAGUCGAAUCUCACUGCAAUUUAGAGAUGAAUGUGUGCAAAGUUACCUACAACAGCAUGUAUUAUGUUUUCUUACAGCUGUAUUUAUAAGCAGAAACUGAUACAUUUCCCCAUUCGAGUUAUUUAAGGUGCUGGUGGAUUGAUUUCUGUUUCCUCAGAGCUGCCAAAAACACAGGACACACUGCAUUUAUUUGCUAAUAAACUGCGUGGUUGGAGAUAUUGAUAACAUAUUAUCUGUCCGCUGAUUCUAAUUUGAACAAGUGAUGCGCUUUUUGUUGCUUCCUGGGGCUAGAUAAUGUAGCUAUUUUGUUAAGUUUAAGUUAUUUGUCGAGCUUGACUUGGCCAAACGCUCUCUGAGAGGCAGUGGUGGAGUGGAUAUGUCUAAGGCUUUUAUUGUGAACGGGAAAUCAUGAUCUGACGGCAGAAAGAAUUGCUUUCUAAAAGGAAGCUUCAGAUAACCUUUGUAAAUGAAGAUGGUUGUGUUGUUUUUUUACAGCCAUAAUCAACAUUUACCUAAUAAUAAUACAUUAAAGCAAGCAUGCUGUAUUUUGCCGCUUUUUUAAAAGUUAAAUGUUAGGAAACCAGUGCUUUGUUCAAACAAAUAUACUUUCGUUUUUUCUAAA